UCCGCGCAUCGUCGUCUCCCGCAGGGGCCCCCUAUAUACUUCCCCACGGGAAGGUGGUGGGUCACCGAGUAAUAACAUCGUGCACAUCCCGGCGUCUACUCUAAGGCGGUGAUCUACGUAUAUAAAGUCGUCGGGGAGAGAUGCGGGUUUAGAAGCCUUGUACUACUCGUCGAUCUACGUAUCGGGAUUGACAACAGAGAAGAGUGCAUCAGAAGGGCUCUUACGGUAUCGACCAGUUAAUCGAGAGAAGGGCCUCAAGUUUUUGCCGCAGCGUGAACAUCACGUUUUCGUCUCCUCGCGUUCCUGUAGCUUUCGUGGCUUCGGGUCCAGAAUUAUCAUGAAAACUUUAAUAUUGGCAUUAUUUUGCCUGGGAAUAUGUUUGGCAAAUCCUUUGGAGAAGGAGGAAAAGAUAAGCGUCACAGAGCAGCAGUCUGUGAUGUUAACGGAUCGAGCUAAGUACGAAGAGGAACUUCUUCGUAAGCUCAACUCGAAGUGCUCCCAAAACGACAUGAGUAGUUGCGUGAUGUUAAAGUUGGUGACGUACAUGAACAAGUUGUUGAAGAAGGCCUCGAUCGAGCUCACAGAUGACAUCGAGAUCAGGAAGACGAGCCAAACGUCAGAGGAUGUGAUUACGUUCGAGGCCGGUAGAAGCAAGGACGAUGAGACUCAAUUUCUUGAUCUUGUCGCAAAUAAAUUUUACGCCUUUAUCAAAUCGAGAAGCAUCAAAUGGAGGAUUUUACCUGAAGAUGAUAUUGUUGUGUCCGCAUCAGAGGAUAACACUGGCUCGUUAAAUAUGGGUCUAUCUAUCGAGCGCGCUGACAAACCUCUUCAAGACGGUCGUGGAAAGAAGGGCAACAACAUGGGCAUGUUGAUUGCCGCGGGUAUCAUGAAGAUGGGUCUCGUCGCUGGUCUCGCGUUUAAAGCGCUCACCCUCUUGGUCGGCAAGGCUCUUCUUCUAUCGAAGAUCGCUCUUCUAUUAGCUGGUAUCAUAGGUCUAAAGAAGCUCUUCUCGCAAGGGAAGCACGUGACCUACGAGGUGGUGGCACAUCCUCAUCAUGAUCAUGGCCACGGCGAUAGCUAUUCCAGCGGAUGGGGGAGAAGUUUUCAUGAACAAACGCCGAUCUUUGGACAGUCGCAAGCCCAUGAAUUGGCUUAUUCGGCGCAUGUAAAGUAAAUAACUUUUAUGAUCGAAAGGAAGCCAGCAUCCAAGGAUCGUCCGAGAUCAAUGAUUGAAAUGAGAAGUAUGACGUUCUCGAAUUCUUGAGAAUUUUUCGUAAAAUUACCCCGCAUAGUAUUUAUUCACAUUAUCAGUUUUAAUCUUCUCUUUCCUUCUUGUCUUCUUUUCCAUCUCUCUCAUCAUCUACGAUUAUUAUCGUUCGCACCCUCUAACUCUUUCUACAGUAAUAGUAGACACAUACUCUCUUUUUUUAUUAAAUGUCAUGCUCGAAUUUUUGGACGACGACCAGCACGACACAUGAAUACGUCAAUGACGCACAGCGACGCACAUGUUUACGGCAACGGCGACGUAAGGACGUUACAUUACGAAUUACGGAUACAUAAUCAGGUAGACAAGAGACAUCUCCGAUGUGUGAAGGACACGCAUUACAAGCGUUUUACCUACUUUUUUGACUCUACUUAUAAAUAAUCGCGGAUACUGCGAGAUUCUCGUCAGUAGGACAUUAGAUUACACACGAGUGCUAUAUUUAUCGCUCUUAUCUCUAAUUCGUUCUAUUUGAAUCUGUGAUAUCCCAAGAAUUUAGAUCUACGUUCACAUUAAACAUUAAAUAUUAAAUGUGAUUGUCUUACUUUUGGUUUGCAGUUUUGCAUAUUUGGCGUUGCAAUUGUCUAACCGUCUCACGUGUUAGAUAGAAUUUUUGACAAAUUAUACUCAGCAUCAGGAUAAUUAUAAAUUAGCACUGAAUGUAGAGCUAAACAUGAGAAUGCACACACAUACCCACUCACAUACACGCACGCAUGCACGUUCGUAUACACACACACACACACACACACACACACACACAUAUGUAUAUUAUUUUUUUCUUUUAAUUAUUUUAAUUUUUUAUAUAUCGUUUUUUAAUUAUUUGAUUUUAUUUACACUUUUAUAAUAAUAUUUAUUGAGAUUGGGUAUUCUUUAUAUCUUUAAAUCAAAACUAAUUUUUAAACAAAUCGCUUUUGACUUUUAAAUUGUGUUCGAUUUUAAACAAGAUGAUGUGACACCAAAGAUUUAGAAAAUCGUUUAAGCUUUUCUGAUAAGAUUUUUGAAGACUUGUUAUGAAGACUUAUUAUGAAGAUUAUGUAAUGUAUUUUAGACUGUGAUGAAUCUUAAAAUUCUACGCGUAAAUAAUUAGUAAAUAUAUAGUAAUUUAAUUAGUGACUCGAUAAAAUAUAAUUAUGCAAAUUAUAGAAAUUUUAAGUCAAUUAUUUGAAGAUUGAUCAGCUUCCGCUUUAUUAAUUACCAAAUAAAAAUAGAUGUCUUCAAUAGAGAGUCUUGUAGCAAUCUGCUUGACGCAAUGGACGGACGCUUAUGUACGAACUUGUAGAUAGUUCUUUAACAGAAAGACAGAAAAAAAAAACUUAGACGCACACAAUGCUAAAAUGACGAAAAAUUACAAUAAUAUAUAAGCGCAUGUAUAAGUGCUUUAUUUAUAUUUAUUUCAUAUAUGUAUUUUAUUUAUAUUGUAUCCGAUUAACAAGACUGCAAAAUGUAUAAUAUAUACAAUAUAUUUUAUAUUAUUUUUUAUAUAAACAAAUAAAUAUUUAUUAUUUUUAUAGAAUAGCACUUAUUUGCUACACUUACAGUUACAAAAAUAUUAAAAGCGGAUAUAAUAAUUUUAAAUUUUUAUAUAUCUUUGUUGUAUAUGACAAAAAUGUUAUUUUAUACACAUUGUUAUUAUAUCUGAAUGUUUUUAAAAAGAAACUGGAAGUAAGAUUUUGCUUAUCUCAUUCAAAGAAUUAUGGAAACAAGAUUUUGUCAUUGAAGUAUCUGCAAUAAUAAUA